AUUUCAAUUUUCAUGUUUCCAUUGUAAUUGUGAUUUACUCCCAUCUGGUUGAUUGUUUCCCCUUUUGAUUGUGAUUCUCUUUGACAACAAUUAGUUAAAAGUUCAAUGAAGAAAUUACUACGAUAAUUGAAUCUCUUAUGAUACCAGUUGAUACAGUUGGACAAUGGAUGGUACAGAUUCAUCACCAUCGUUGUUAAUUUUUGAGGCAACACGUUAUGGUGGUUAUGAUAAAGUUAAAGAGAUAAUUGAAUCAGGAUUUGACGUUAAUCAACGAGAUACUGAAAAUGUUACCCUUCUUCAUUGGGCAGCAAUUAAUAAUAGGUCGGAGAUUGUUAAAUAUUUAAUAUUGAAAGGGGCAGUGGUCGAUGCUGUUGGAGGUGAAACCAAGUCAACUCCUCUUCAUUGGGCCACCAGUGUAGGACAUUUGAAAAUGGUUGUGUUGCUCAUGAAACAUGGAGCUGAUCCAACAAUCAUGGACUCAGAGGGUUUUAAUUGUUUACAUCUUGCCGCUCAAUUCGGUAAAACUGGCAUAGUUGCUUAUCUUCUUGCUAAAGGAGUUGAUAUUAAUGUGCCAGACGCAUAUUUCGGUCGAACCGCGUUAAUGUGGGCUGCAUUUCGAACCACAACUCAAGAUCCUACUAGAUUACUAAUAAAUCUUGGGGCUAGUCUCAAUAUAUGUGAUAUUAAAGAGAACAAUACUGCUCUUCAUCUUGCAAUCUAUUCGAGAAAUAGUAAUGCAGUUUCCAAUCUAAUUAACGCUGGAGCCAAUGUUUUCAUUCAAAAUGUUCAUGGUGAUACACCUCAAGAAAUGGCAAGACGAUUAAAUGUCACUUGGUUAGCGAAAAGGAUUGAAGAGGCUGCAGAUGAAAAGAAACUUCCUUCCAAAUCUUGGUAUAUAAGAUUGUACAAAGAAAAGAAAUACAAAAACUAUGCACUCAGUAGUGUACCUUUUUUAAUCUAUUUCGCUUUGGGAACCAUUUUAAAUUCAGAGUUGAUAUAUUUUUGGAAAUCACUAAUCUUUUUCAGUAUGAUCCUUAUUACCUGCAAAUUAAGUCAUCACGAUGAUGUUUGUCACUAUUGGCCCAUCUCAAUUUACCUUGCGACAAAAUUCUGGUUAUAUAUGACAAUUAUUUUUACUCUAAUGUUUUAUAUGCCUCCCUGGUUACUGAUAUUAUGUGUUGGCUUUUCUACCUUAUUAGUCUAUAGUUUUUAUAAAACAUGGAAAAGUGAUCCUGGAAUAAUAUCAAGUAAUCGCGAGGAAAAAUUUAAAACCAUCAUCGAAUUGGCUGAAAGGAGUGACUUUGACUCUGCUUGGUAUUGUUAUACCUGUUUAGUUAAACGGCCUUUGAGAUCUAAACAUUGUACCUUUUGUAAUGUUUGCGUCGCAAGAUUUGAUCAUCAUUGCCCUUGGGUCAAGAACUGUGUCGGUGCCGAUAAUCAUAAAUACUUUGUUUGGUAUUUAAUCUCCGUAGUGAUUAUGUGUGCUAUUUUCAUCUACUCAUCAAUCCUUUUUUGGGAUUCCAACAUUGAUCAAGAGAUCACCGGUUUAUCUUAUGCUGGUGAAAUAUUAAGAGCCAGUGGUUGGGUUAUUCUUGGAUUUUCCUUAUCAUUACUUCAUUUCAUUUGGGUUUCUAGUCUUCUAUUUUGUCAAUUAUAUCAAGUUUGUAUUUUAGGUAUGACUACAAACGAACGGAUGAAAUGCCAUCGAUAUCAUUAUUUCAUCAAAAGCCCUCAAGGAGAUCCAAUCAGUCCUUUCCACUAUGGUAUUACUCGUAACUUAUUUGAAUUCUGUGAUUGGCAUUGUAUUACAUCAUUACGUACACCAAAGUUUGAUUGGAAAAGCAUAUAUACUCUUGAUGAUUUAAAAGAAAUUAAAUUGGUCUAAAUUUUAUUUUAAUUUCAAUAAUCGUAUUAACUUAAAUUUAAACAUUUCUUUUGAGAUUCUCAUUCCAAAAAUUUACAACCAGAAUGUUUCUUUUCCUCAAUUCCUCUUGUAAAUAAGCUAAUUGAAUUUACUCUAAUAUUUAUAGUAACAUUAAAUUCAAUUAUGAAAUUUUGUAAUCACAAGAUUCUCAUGGAAUCAAUUAA